AUGGGCCCAGGCUCAUUACGCGCCGCCGCCGACACCAGCCCCUCCGACGCCUCCGACGCGGCCCCCGCCGCCCCCGCCGCCCCGGACCCCAUCGUCACCCUCCACAUCCAAGCGCAGCAAGUGUCGCCGUACCUCCCGUGGGACCUGCUCCACCCGCGCCCCGGCACCGACCCCGUCGGGGCGCUCGUCGCGCUCGCCGCGCCGGAGAACUACCAAGUGCGCCGGGAGACGGGGCAGCAUGCGCUGUUAUACUCUCUCUCGGUGGGUCCGUCGCGCGUUCUGACCGAGCUGACCCCUCAGGCGCAGGGCGACUGCGCCGCCAACCUCGCGAGCGCGCUCAACGCCAGCCUGAUAUCAGAGCUGUACCUCCACCCCUUCGCGUCGUCUGACCCGCCCAACACCGAUGACGCCGAGCCCUCCCUCCGGCGCAACGCGCAGGCCGACGCCGUAAGGCACGUCCUCGACGCCCUCCUCUCCUCGCUGCAUAUCCCAACCCUCCGCACCCUCGCCAUCGGGUUCAUCCUCCCCCCGCCCCUCGUCACCUCGCUCGCCACCUUCCUCCGCUCGCCCCGCUCACGCGGGCUACAGCACCUCACCCUCCACGGCCGGGGCGAGGACGCGCUCCUCCCCGUGCCCGACCUCGAGAUCCUCGUCCCCGCCCUCGUCGCGAACGGCACGGUGCGCAUGCUGCACCACGGGAACUCGCGCACCAUCCACGUGCGGGACGCCGAGUCGUUCCCCUUCGGACACGGGUUCCCGGGCUUCUCGCACCCCGAGACGCGGAUACUCAUGCGCCUGCUCGGCGUGCUGGCGCGUAACGGCGCGUUCCUGUGGCCUGCCCGCCGCGCGGCGGUGCGCGCACUCGUCCCGGCGCGCGUCAUUCUGCGGCACGUCAACUUCGCCGAGCUCGCCUCGCCCCCAAUUACCCGCCUGCCGGGGCAUGUCCUCGCGCAAAUCUUGGGCCUCGUGUCCGGUGACAGCGAAGUGUUCGACGCCGCCGAGUGGAGCAAGCUGUUCGCCGCCGCGCGCGACCCCGACCACCUGAAGCGCCUCGCGUGGGCCGUCACCCGCCUCGACCUCACCGCCGGGCUCGGGUUCAAGGCCGUCAUGGCCUUGUGGCUCGAUAGCGGCGGGUUCUGGCCACGGAGCUUGAGCUAG